GAGAUCCAGCCGAGGCAGCAGCUGGAAGGGCAGCGUUUCCCCGCCCCCUUCCCCACGGCGGAGCCAGGCCCCCCAGCAUGUUUGACACGGGGAUAGGGAUAGCGCAGAGCUGGUUCUGUGUCUGCUUGCACAGCUGGUGGGUGCUGUACAGCUGCCUGUUUCUGACCUUGGUCGUCUGGAUGGCCUGGAAGACCAAGCGCAGCUUUUCCUGGAGAACGAGGAUGGCUCUUCUGGGCAGCAGGCUCUGGUGGAGAAGGACGAAGGAGCAGGGAGAAGGUGUGGAGAAGCUGCUGGUGAAGCAGCCCUACAGCCAACCAGGCCGGGAGCACCCCAGCCGUGCCCGCCGGGCCACCAGAAGCCGCUCCAUCCGCACGCUGCUGUGUGACAACGCUGACUGCACCCUGUGCAACGAGGCAGCCCGGCAAGCUGAGGAGCUGGUGUACACUGAAAGGGCCAGCACGUGGGUCCCUGCCAGGCCAGAGUCACCUCCCUCUGCGGCCACCAGCCCCAAAGGGAGGGGCCUGCUGGACAGCUCCACGUGGCGAGGCUUCAGCGUGUUGCCGUGGUGCCGCUGUCGGGUGUCUCCUGUGUGGGCCCCGUUCCGCCCCCUGGGAAGAGGAUCUGAAAUUCUUGUCCACUCGGCACGUGCUGUCCCGUACCCGCUGGGAGCAGGAGCAGCAGUUCCCACGGAGCCAGCCAGAGCCGUUUCUGCACAGCCGGAGGCCAGCAGAGAGCUACUCUUUGAGCCAGCAUGA